CCACUACCCCCCACUCCCCCCACUCCCCCCUCCCAUCUCCCUCUGUUCCAUCUUCGCAUAUUCUCGCCCUUGCCCCAGCGUGCUGCGUGGGCUACCUGGGCGAGGACCUGCUUUGUCUUUGUGACGGAAUCGAUUUCUGUCGGAAUGGCCAAACACUGAGGGGCCCUGCUUGAGAGGCCUUGGAAAAGAUGCCGCUGCCGUCUCCUCCCCCGUCGCCCCUCCUCCCCGCGCGUCACCGCGGGGGCGUGGCCUCCUGGGGCGCCUCCAGAGCCCCCUGGCGCGCGGCCAACCCCAGGGGCGUGGCCAGAGGGGUGCCCGGGGGCGCGGUCGCUCCCGGGGGCGUGGCCAGAGCGGUGCCCGGGGGCGUGGCCGCCGCCGAAACCGGGGGCGGGCGUCUCGGGGGCGCUUCCAGGGGAGGUGCCGGGGGCGUGGCCGCCGGCGCGGCCGCUCAUCCCGCGGGGGGCGUGGCGUGGACGGGCCACGCCCCCCGCCUGUCACGUGCCCGGGCGGUGUUGACGGCGCUGAUGAUCGCCGUCCCGUGGACGAUGCUGGCGAUGAGUUGGAGUCAGGGCGAUGGUGGAGGGGUCGGCGGCGGUGGUGGUGGUGGUGGUGGCGGCGGUGGCUACGGCUCCUCAACACUGCCGCGGCCUGCCGCUCACCACGCCGACGACAUCGUCACGUCAGUGCCGCAGCACGUUCGCCACCAUCAUCAUCAGCAGCCAGCAUCAUCAUCAUCAGCAGCAGCAUCAUCAGCAGCAGCAGCAGCAUCAUCAUCAGCAGCAGCAGCAGCGCCCUGUCAAUUCCCGACCUCUGGCAAUGCUGCUGCUGAUGAUGAUUCUGCUGCUGAUGAUGCUGACGAUGCUGCUGCUGAUGAUGAUGCUGCUGAUGAUGCUGCUGCUGCUGAUGCUGCUGCUGGAUUCUUGACAAGGAGAAUCAAGAAGCGGAAAGCGCUGAAAGAGCUUUUCAUGCGAAUGCGCUAUCCUGUCGCUGAUGAUGAUGAUGCUGCUGAUGAUGAUGAUGAUGGCGGUUAUGCUGAGGACGAGGCCGCUGAUGGCGAUGAUGAUGAUGAUGUUGACGAUGGUGAAGGGGGAUAUGGACAGAAUCGGCUACACAGGCACAGGCGCAGCUGGUCCCACUGGAAUCCGCGUCUGCCGGUGAUCUUUGCCGUGACCCCCACGUACGCCCGCGCCGUGCAGAAGGCGGAGCUGACCCGUCUCUCCCACACCCUGGCGCUGGUGCCCAACCUCCACUGGCUGGUGGUGGAGGAUGCCGAGUCGCCGACCCAGCUCGUCAAACACCUCCUCAGCAGGGCCGCGAGGCGCCUGCCGCUCACUCACCUCUACGUGGAGACGCCUCCACAUUACAGGCUCAUGGCCAACAGGAGCCACCUUCGCUUCCCGCGGGGAACUCUUCAGCGCAACGCCGCCCUCAAGUGGCUGCGGGACGUCUACGGCAGCUUCAACUCGUCACCGCCCCCGCCCGAUGGAGUCGUCUACUUUGCUGACGAUGACAACACCUACAGCCUGGAUGUGUUCAGAGAGAUGCGCUCCACCCUCACGGUGUCCGUGUGGCCCGUGGCGUUUGUGGGAGGGCUCCGUUUUGAGUCACCCGCGGUGGGCGCGGACGGCCGAGUCCACGGUUGGCGCACCGUCUUUGAUCCCCGGAGGCCCUUCGCGAUAGACAUGGCCGGCUUCGCCAUCAACCUGCGCCUGCUGUUAGACAAACCCGACGCCUACUUCAAGUUCCAGGGCGUCAAAGGCGGUUACCAAGAGUCCAGCCUCUUACAGCAGCUGGUGUCACGUGACCUGUUAGAACCACGUGCCUCUAACUGUACCAAGGUGCUAGUCUGGCACACUCGUACCGAGCGGCCGUCCUUCAUCUACGAGGGGAAGCGUGGAUUUACAGACCGCAGCGUGGAAGUGUGAAGCAACAACAACAUCAACAUCAUCAUCACCAACAUCAACAUCAUCAACAUCACCAUCAUCAUCAUCAACAUCACCAACAUCAACAUCACCAUCAUCAUCAUCAACAUCACCAACAUCAACA